AUUAACUGCAGGAAGCAUUGCAUGUUGAGAAGUAACUCUUCAAAUGGCUGAAGUGAAAACAUCUGCAGGCGCAGAAACGGACACUUUGUGCUUCUUUGUCAAUGGAAAAAAAGUGCUAGAGAAGGAUGUGGAUCCUGAGACGACGCUCUUGUCCUUCCUCAGACAGAAGUUGAGGCUAACUGGGACGAAAUACGGCUGCGGCGGAGGAGGCUGCGGGGCUUGCACAGUGAUGGUCUCACGCUACAGACCUGCCGACAAAACCAUUUAUCAUUACUCAGCCAACGCUUGUCUGCUUCCGCUCUGUCAGCUUCAUGGAGCUGCUGUCACCACGGUGGAAGGCAUUGGUAGCACUAAAACCAGGAUCCACCCAGUCCAGGAGCGAAUAGCGAAGUCACACGGCUCACAGUGUGGCUUCUGCACACCCGGCAUGGUGAUGUCCAUGUACACCCUCUUGCGUAACAACCCUCAGCCCAGCCUGGAGGACAUCACUCAGGCACUGGCCGGGAAUCUGUGCCGUUGCACUGGCUAUCGUCCAAUCAUUGAUGCCUGCAGAACCUUCUGUCAGGAAGCCAACUGCUGUCAAGUCAACAGAAUCCCGAACAGUGGCAGUGAGAAAGAAAUAAAAAAUGAAACUCCUUUGUUGUUUGACAAGUCAGAGUUCCUUCCGUUGGACCAAACACAGGACUUGAUCUUCCCUCCAGAACUAAUUCUGAUGGCGGAGAGGUCCAGCCUACAGACACUCAUCUUUCAUGGUGAGAGAGUUACAUGGAUUUCCCCUGUCCUGCUGGAGGAGCUGGUCCAGCUCAAGACCAGUAACCCACAGGCUCCACUGAUCAUGGGAAACACAAGUAUAGGCCCAGCAGUUACAUUUAAGGGCAUUGUGCACCCAUUGGUGAUAUCUUCCAUCAGAGUCAAGGAGCUGUUUGAGGUGACAGAGACAACACAUGGUGUUUGGGUGGGAGCAGGCUUCACACUUUCUGAGGUCCGGGCUAUUUUGAAGAAGCUGUGCCGCCAGUUUCCAGAGGCAAAGACGGAGCUGUUCAGAGCAUUGAUCCAGCAGAUAGGAAAUGUCGGAAGCCAGCAGAUCCGUAAUGUUGCUACUCUUGGAGGAAACAUCAUGAGUGCGUAUCCAAAUUCUGACAUGAAUCCAGUCCUGGCAGCUGGGAACUGCAGCGUGAGCACCAUCUGUAGUGGAGGACAACGAGAGGUUCCCCUCAAUCAGGAAUUCUUUUUGACCUUUGGAGAAACAGUCUUGAAGCCAGAGGAGAUUGUUGUCUCUGUGCUGAUCCCUUUUUCUCGAAAGGGAGAAAUUGUUCGAGCAUUUCGCCAGGCUCCAAGGAAGGAAAGUGCCUUCGCCACAGUAACAACUGGGAUGCGAGUGUUAUUCUCUGAAGGAUUCAGAGUAGUGGAGGAUGUCAGUAUAUACUUCGGAGGUAUUGGACCAACCACAGCCAGAGCCACCAAAACCUGUGCAGCUAUCAUUGCACGACCUUGGAAUGAUGAAACCCUCAGAUGGGCUUAUGACAUCCUCAUGAAAGAAUUUCAACUCUCACCUGCAAUUCCGGGAGGAAAAGCAGAAUUCCGUCGCACUCUGACUCUCAGCUUCCUCUUUAAAUUCCACUUAGAGGUCCUGCAGAGCCUCGGAAAGAUGAAUGUGAUUGAAGACACUGUUCUCAAAAAGAUGGAACCAUUGCCCAGAGAAAUCCAGCUGAGCCAGCAGGAGUACCAGGAUGUAUCUGAGGGACAGCGUGAUGAGGACCCAGUGGGCCGUCCCAUCAUGCAUAGCUCUGCCAUAAGCCAGGCCACAGGCGAGGCAAUUUACUGCGAUGACAUCCCUCAGAUCGAUGGAGAGCUUUUCCUGGCUCUUGUCACCAGUUCACGGGCGCAUGCUAAGAUCAUAAAUGUGGACGUGAGCCAUGCUCUGCUUCUUCCUGGUGUCGUUGAUGUCAUCAGAGCCAAAGAUAUCCCUGGGAAGAAUACCCGAGUAAUUUCUGGGUAUGAAGAAGAAAUACUCGCUGGGACGCAGGUGUCAUGCAUCGGUCAGAUAGUGUGUGCUGUUGUGGCAGACACCAGAGCCCACGCCAAAAGAGCUGCGUCAGCAGUGAACAUCAUCUAUGAAGACUUGCCCGAACCCAUUUUUACUAUUGAGGACGCCAUUAGGAGGUCGUCCUACUUUGAGCCAAAGAGGAAGCUCGAGAGAGGAAAUGUAGAAGAGGCCUUCAGAAGUGUCGAAAUGAUUCAUGAAGGUUUAAUCCGCAUUGGAGGCCAGGAGCAUUUCUACAUGGAGACCCAGAGCAUGCUGGUAUUACCAGUGGGCGAGCAGGGGGAGUUUAAAAUUCAUGUGUCCUCUCAGUGGCCUACAUCAGUUCAGAUCGCCGUCGCUGAGACGUUAGCUAUCCCGGCAAACCGAAUCAGCUGUCAUGUGAAGAGACUGGGCGGAGGAUUUGGAGGGAAAGUUGUUAAAACCAGCAUACUUGCUUGCAUUACUUCUGUGGCUGCGUGGAAGACCAAUCGUGCAGUCCGUUGCGUUCUGGAGCGAGGUGAAGACAUGCUGAUCACUGGCGGACGACAUCCUGUUCUGGGAAAAUACAAGGUUGGCUUCCAGAAAGAUGGAAAAAUUCUGGCUGCAGAUAUCCAAAUUUGGACCAAUGCCGGCAAUGCAGUUGAUGAAUCCAUCUUUGUAUUGGAGAAGAUCCUGCUUCAUCUUGAUAACGCCUACAAUAUUCCAAAUCUGCGUGGCAGAGCUACUGCCUGUAGAACCAACCUGCCUUCCAACACCUCGUUCAGAGGCUUUGGGGUGCCUCAGGCCGCCUGCAUUAUAGAGAACUUCAUCAUUGAUGUGGGGCUAGUACUGCAGUGUCCAGCAGAUCAGGUUCGGGAGAGGAACAUGUACAAAGGGCCGUCACUCACCCACUACAAGGUUGAGUUCAGCCCAGAGAACUUGCUACGCUGCUGGGAUGAAUGCAAGCUCAAAUCGGACUAUUGUGGUCGUCGCAUUGCUGUGGACACGUUUAACCAGCAGAAUCGGUGGAAGAAGAGAGGGCUCUCCAUCAUACCGAUCAAAUAUGGCAUCGGCUUCUCAGACAGUGUCAUGAAUCAAGCUGCUGCUUUAGUGAACAUCUACAGAGACGGAUCUGUUCUGGUAACUCAUGCCGGGACAGAAAUGGGUCAAGGAGUUCAUACAAAAAUUCAGCAGGUGGCAAGUCGAGAGCUUCACAUCCCGCUGUCAAAAGUCUACAUCAGUGAAAGCAACACCAGCGCAGUUCCUAACACAUUUCCUUCUGCUGCCUCCUUUGGCACGGAUGCCAAUGGUAUGGCUGUGAAGAACGCCUGCCAGACUCUUUACCAACGACUGGAGCCAAUCCGACAGAAGAACCCCAAAGGAACUUGGGAGAGUUUGGUCCUUGCUGCCAUUGAGAUGAAGAUAAGUUUGUCUGCUACUGGAUAUCACAGGGGUCCAGACUGCUAUAUGGAUUGGGACAAGAUGGAGGGUCAUCCUUAUCCUUACUACACAUAUGGAGCCUGCUGUUGCGAGGUGGAGCUCGACUGUCUCACCGGAGACUACAGGACAGUGACGACAAACAUUGUGGUCGAUAUCGGCAAAAGUUUGAACCCAUCUCUGGACAUUGGCCAGAUUGAAGGUGCCUUCAUGCAGGGUUUGGGUCUGUACACGCUGGAGGAGUUAAAGUUUUCUCCCACCGGCCUUCUGUACACUCGAGGUCCAUCUCAGUACAAAUUGCCUGCUGUGUGUGACAUGCCGCUGAGUUUCAACGUCUAUCUCCUACCUGACUCCUACAAUCCCCAUGCCAUAUACUCAUCCAAGGGUAUUGGUGAACCCGUCCUCUUCUUGGGCAGUACAGUAUUCUUUGCCAUUAAAGAUGCUGUUGCAGCAGCACGCAAAGAGGUCGGCCUUACAGGUCCGUUUUCUUUGGACAGCCCAGCUACUCCAGACAGGAUUUGCCUUGCGUGUGCAUCCCCCUUCACCCAGAAUCAAGAGAACGAAACAGGAUGUUUCCAGCCAUGGGCCAUAGACAUCUUAAAGGCUCCGCCAUCAAAUGUGUCUGUUGACAGUUAUUUUAGUAACAAGUAA